AUGCAGCCUCGAUCUCCACCAACUCCUGCGGGUGCGAAGCGUGACGCUCAGCAGAGCCACACAACCGUUAGCUCCGACCUUUCUGUCUUCGAGACUCAAGUUGCAGAUAUCAAGAGAGUUAACAAUCUGAUCAACGAUCAAGAUUUUUUUGCCCUGAGGUCAAUCAAAAUCCCAGUGAAAAAGUUCAGCGUGUUGACUGAAACGCACGUCUCUCCAAAAGGAAGACCAGCCCUUCGUCCUGCUUACUGUUCCCCGGAAGCACAGGAAACGCCACCUCCUGACAAAUUCUCUGCUAACGAGACUGCUGGCAACUUCUUAAAAGAAGUGGAUCGAGAUAUAGAAGAAAUAGUGAAGUGUAAUGAUACAAAGAGAGAGAAUCUUGAUGAAGUUGUUUCUGCCUUAGCAGCCCAACAGAUCUGUUUUGAAACUGAUGGUAAAACUAAAAAAUGCAAGGAUCCUUACUAUGGAGCGGAUUGGGGUAUAGGAUGGUGGACAGCUGUAGUGAUUAUGUUGAUUAUUGGCAUAGUAACACCUGUUUUUUAUCUCCUCUAUUACGAAGUUCUAGUGAAAGCAGAUGUCAGUCACCAUUCUACAAUGGAAUCUUCCCAUCUGUUUGUCACGGCAGCAUCGCAUCAGAAACAAAUAGAAAAUGGAGUAAAUCCGGCGAAUAUUAUACAUGUUGAUAACCGAGGAGACCUUCAGCCUAACAAUGGAAGACCCCAGGCAACUGUUAUUCACAGACAUGUAACAUAUAGCAUUAGGUAAAGGGGGAAACCACAGAACGCCAAAUGGGUGUGGAACGCAGAGGAAACGCGUACCGAUGCUUCCCUUGCCUCUGCGGGCAGUGUUCCAGUUCAAGGAUAUUUCUGUGGAUCGUGUGAUCUCUGAAAAUUGCUGAGACAGGUGAUUUUAACGCAAGAUUGGGAUAUAAAUUAAGGUAUAAAGUUAUUUCUGAAGCCUUGCACUUUUUUCUAUUUCGAUAGGCAUAUGUUUUUUUUAAUUAACAAUGAGGUGAAAAAAAUGUAGUUUGAACUAACACUUGAGGAGUCUCACUGUACAUUUUACAGCCCUAAAAUGGGCAUUUGGGGAUAUCUAACUUUUCACCAUCUUGAAGUAUUUAUGGAAUGCAUAGUACACUUGACACUUUAGUAUCGGGUUUACAGUUGUCAAGCUAGAACUGCAUUCUCAUAAUUUUAUCUUUCUUACACAGAUUUUUUUUUUUUUUAAAACCCAGUCAUUCCAUAAUUAAUUGCCACUAUGAAGUUCAUUUUUUAAAAGUGACUUUUAUAGAGGCUGUAGCUAAUACUUCAGCUGGAAUAUUCAAACCUUGUGCCUGUGGUCAACCCAUUCUUUAGUGCUUUUCAGCAUAGGCAGUAGGAUCAUUUGUUUUCUGUGUGUGUGACACCGUGCCUCAAUGCAGUCUGGCGGAGAGAGCCUCCUUCCGUGGUACCCAACUGAAAACUGACUGGACUGGAGCGUGCUUCUCGUCUGGUCAGCUGCGUACAGAAGGGAAGAAGGGCAGAUGGGUGGCACCUUGCUGUAACUGCUUCAAUAGUCUUUAUGCCAAUGGCUUUUUCUUUCUCCCCGUGCCCCCCCCCCGCCCUGCUCCAGUUAAUCUCAGUUCAGGACCAGCUGGUUCUUCAAACAGCAGUCAUGUCGGGACUGAGUAUGCUAAUGGUCCUGUGCCCGUGACCCUCAAACACUAAUGUGUUUCCUGAAAUCUCCUAGAAAACCUCAAAUGAGAAGCAAGAAACUUAAACUGCAGCAGAAUAGACCAGUUGCAGCUCCAGACUCGUUCUUUAUGCAGUAAUCAUCAGCCACUCUGUUCUUGAAUGUUUCACGUGGGGUUUCAUGAAUAACCUUGUUUUCCCCCUCUUUUCUUCGCUACCUGAAAAUGCUACAAGAGAAAA